GCCUCGUCGGAACACGAGUUUCAUCCACAUCGGAACAACGUGAUGCCGCUUGUCCCAACCGGCCAAAGCCGCUUCCUGACGCCGCACAAGUGCUGCCAGGAGGAACUGUUUGCGUCGGAUUACAUCCGAACCAACAAGUCGGGGGGACUCAAGAGUUUGAGAUGCUUUCCGCAUUGCUGCAAAGGACACAACAAGAAGACAUUUUGCGGGACGGGAGUCGGCGUCGAGUGCGAUAUGCCCGACUGCACCGCCGUCUUGAGCUACUUUAGCUGCAACGGAGACCCUGGAAGCACGCCCGACAAAGACGAGUGCCCUGUUCAGUUCCAAGUCGGGCUCAUGUACGACCUGAUGGAGUUUGAAUCCCACGUCAAGUCCAAGGACAACCUGUUUGGCUCGGUCUUUCCCGGUCAACGUGUCGGUUCAAGCCAGCAAUUCAUCAUCAACGGGGAUCGGCAAUGCUGGCACUACGGGUGGUGUUCGUCGCGCGUGGGGCAGAAAUACACCCAUUGCCUCAAAGUGUUCUUCUUCAAGCACUUGGCCGACAAGAAGCUCGAAUGCAUCGACUCGAUCGAGUCGGACGCAUUCCACAUCACGUCCAGUCGCGUUUUGCGCAAAAAGUCACGACUGGCCAAGCGCUCGCUCGUUGAAGAGGACGCCAUGGGAGGGUAUUCCAGCGACAAGGCAGGGUCGUCUUCCGGGCACUCGGACACCAAUCAUUCCAAGCGCGCCAAGUCUACCAAGCGAGAUUUGACUUGCCUGUUAAACCCGAACGAAGCGGCCAACGUCGUCGCCCGACCGAGUCCCGACGCGUCACGCGCGCCGAUCGGCCUCCUCCCACAGCCUUCCCUGCUUCCUCUGGUGGAUAUCGCGACGCCGUCCGGUCGACCAUCCGCGCCGCACCACCAAAUGCAGCUGCACAACCGGUCGAACGACGUGUUUUUCAUCAUUCAAAUUCUGAGCCGCAUUGCCGACUUUGAGCGAGUGCCCCACACGUGCCAGUACUUUUCGCUCACGAUGCACCACCUAUUCAGCGUCCAGCCACUUCUUGCGAAGCCGCCGCCGUCGCCGCCGCGCAUUCCACACGGCUCGGUGAUGGAGUCGCUUCUCAGCGUCCUCGUCACGGGCGUGGAAACAGCAUUGGAACGCGGGUUCCUCACCAAGUUGCGCGAUCACAUUCUGACGCAUCCCCACGACGCGUUGCAAGCGUACAGCGACAUGCUCGCGCUGUUUGAGCACGAGCUGCUUGCCCUCGGACGCCGGUUCCCCCAGCCGUGCGACGCCGUGUCCGCAAUGGCGGCACAAUUGCGCCACGCGUUUGCCAACGUGCUCGGGGACAAGCACAAAGGUCUUGUCCCCGAGCACGUGUAUAUCCCCGACACGCCGCCCACGAACGUUCUCGAUUCGCUGUACAUGGGCAAGGAAUUCGCCGCGUCCGUGCUGUCGGCCGUCCAUGUGCCGCAGUGGAGCCCGACAUCACGCAACGUCCAAGGCGACUUUUCUCCCCUGAGCGGCAAGUGGACCCGCCUGUCGCUCCAAUGCAGGACGCAGCCGCAGCACCAUCCGUCCUGGUUGUACCGGUUGCUGACGGACGUGGCGUCGCGGACGUGGAGCAUCGACGACCGUGGCGAUGAAAUGCUGAUCUUGUGGCCAGGAAGCGUCGGCACGUCGCACUUGAUUCACAAAUUGUGUGGCAAACAUCGCUUGUUGGCGCAGUCGCCGUACGGCCUCAGCAGCUCGUGCACGCAGUUGAUCGGGUACUUGGCGAAACGCAACUUUCAAGACAACACGAUCACGUUGGAGUAUUAUUAUUGGCCUGCCGAUGCCGCGUCCAAGUUUCGGAAGCGGCUCACGCGGCACUUUCGCAUGCACCCGGACGAUGCCAAUCUGCUUGAAAUUCACGUCGUGCUCGAGGUGUGCAAACCUCCUCCAGACAACCAACUGGCCAAGACCCCCAUGGAGCGCCUCACGUUUCCUGCCGACUGGCAUGUCGAGUCGAGCUCGAUCGACACGUAUGCGCGGGUUGUCGACCGCGUUUGAAAGUAUUUUUAAUAUUUUGCUCCAACGAGGAUUUCAUGAAAUAUUGCGGUC